CUUGAUAAAUGAACUGCAUACAUCAGGAUUUUGGGGGAAAAAACACGUUGAAAACAUCAAAAACUUGUUUAUUAUUUUUUAAUAUUUUAUUCAAUUUUAAUAAAUUGUCCAGUUGGUGGAUAUUUUUUCCUUGGAAAAAAAUGGACUUCUUUCCUAAAGGUUUUGCUUGUAUUUAUUACUGCUAGAAAUUUUUGAGCAAAGUUUUGGGCCAACUGUAUCGUUCAGCAGUCCAGAAGGGACUCCCAGACUUUUCAUACUGUGACUCAGUUAACUCUGUUUAUACAGCCAACUCCAUUCAUUCACUGAACUCAAUCACACCCUUUGAGGUGGCUGAAAGAUUUUAACAGCUUGUCAGGUUACGCUGUCAGAUUCAUUAAACCUGAACAUUUACAAUUCUUUGGCAUUUUCAAUGUGUAUAUGCAUAGAGACAUGUACACACAACAGCUGGAAAAAGAGGUGGAGACAUCUGGUCAUUCAGAAGGCAUGCAGCAGUAUCCUAGCUGGCGGCCAGUGGAUUCUUAAACUAUUUCCAUCAUGUUGAUUCACUGGAGAAAUGAGCUUCCUGGUUCAGACAUGCCAAAUUAUCAACAGGCUCUUUUGUUCUCUCUGCUCACCUCGGUUUCUCUGGAGUGGCAAGUGCUCAAGGACCAGAAGGAAUCUGCUGCUGGGCACUGCUUUUGUGAUAUAUUUGGGCUUCCUUGUCAGUCAAGUAGGUCGUGUUGUACCGCAAUAUAGGAAAGGACUAUCAAAAGCAAACUCUUGGAAUCUUCAAGAUGUUGCUCAACCUCGUUUUUCUGAAAUCCCGAUGGAUGGCACCUGGUCAUUUUCUGACCUUGAAAAAUCUAAAAUGGGGACAGAUAACACAUCAAUGUUGCCUAAUGUGGUAUACAUCACUUUGCGAUCCAAGAGAAGGAAACCUGCCAAAAUUCGAGGCACUGUGAGGCCCAAGCAAAGAAAGAAGCAAGUAUUACCUUUGCAGUAUGGGAAUAAGAACUCACUAGAUGGCAUAAUCCAACCUAAGCCAUUUCAUGGUACAUCUAGGAACAAGAGGAAAGGAGCAGAAGUUCCAGAGAAAGCUAGGCAGAAACAACAGCAGAAAGAAAAACAAAUGGCUCAAAAUAUAAAGCAUUGGAGACCUGAAAUGAUAAGAGGCCUAAAUGUUCAGACUAAUGUUCAGGAGAGCAAUAUCAGGAUGUACAGCGAGAGUCCACCUUCUUGGUUGAGUAAAGAGGACAUCCUAAGUAUGCGUUUUAUGGCAGAUUCCAAAAUAAACAGUAUUCAAGAAGUGCCUUCCCAACAUGGAGUACUUCUAGUAUUCGGGAGAACAGAACUUGAUAAUAAGUCAGUCAAAGAAGACCUAUGCAGUCAAGGUCAUUGUGGCAUCAUCAAGAGACCGCUUGAAAUGAGUGAAGUGUUCGCUUUCCAUUUGGACAGGAUCCUAAGGCUGAAUCGGACUUUGCCUACCAUAAGCAGAAAAUUGGAAUUUGUACAAG